AUGGCCAGCAUCGACAGAUACCGACCGCCUCGGGAAGGCUACCAACCUCCCUCUCUACCUCCGAAGCCCCCUCGCCCAUCCAGAUCUCCGUCAAAACAACGCGACAUACCGCCGGCAGUCCCAUCGCCUCCGACUCAUUCCUCACGCACAUCCUCCCUCCCACCGCAGUCCCGGCGAGGCGCACCGUCUCCGGCACAAGCCUCGCCUACCACACCACGAGCCCGCGCACACCAGUGGUACUUCACUCCAGAUGAGGCCCUCAGCUCGCCAAGUAUAGUCGAUGGCCUUGCGCCGGCCGAUGAGAGACUGAGAAGAGCGAAAGGGGUCAACUUCAUCUAUCAGGCUGGCGCGAUGGUCGAACUUCCACAGACGACAUUAUGGGUCGCCGCGGUCUUCUUUCACCGGUUUUACAUGCGUUGCAGUAUGGCCGAAGAGAAGGGCGGGAUACAUCACUAUGUUGGUUCCCCGGUCGCAAACAUGAACAUAGCUGCGACGGCAUUGUUCCUCGCAAACAAAACCGAGGAAAACUGCCGAAAGACGAAGGACAUCAUCUAUGCCGUGGUCAAAGUUGCCCAGAAGAACCCUAGACUCAUCGUCGACGAACAAAGUAAAGAAUAUUGGAAGUGGCGUGAUAGCAUUCUGAUGCAUGAAGAAUUAAUGCUGGAGAUGUUGACUUUCGAUCUGAUGGUGGACAACCCAUACCAACGACUCUACGAGUGUCUAACUCAGCUUGAUAUGCUUCACAACAAGCGCAUUAGAGAUGCUGCUUGGGCAUUCUGCUGUGACUCGGCGCUCACAGUCCUUCCAUUACUCAUGAACGCCAGCGCAAUCGCCGUGAGCGCGAUAUUUUUUGCGACAGUCUCGCUGGAUGAGAAGAUCGAAGAUGGAAGAGACGGUGAUCCGUGGUGGCGAGUUCUGAAGGGCGAUGAGGCACUCACCCAAUCAGCCAUUAGUGUGGUGAUGGACUUUUACUCGGAGAACCCUCUUAGGAAAUCGGACUCUCGCUACCAAGGAUCACCAAUCUUCAGUCUGGAGAACACUAGGCGAGGGCGCGAGCUACCCAGCCAGACAGAGGCUGGUUCGAGUCACAACGGCACGCCGAUGGGAACGGACCGUGGAACACAAAGCCCACGAGCACGGUACCAAGGCAGGCCGGAUCGGGAAGAUGAUGUUAAUGGCAAUGCCGACAUCAAGAAAGAAGGCGGGGAGAAUGGGGAGAAUGAGCCAACUGACGCGGCGGCAUCGCAACACAAGGGCGACUCUGAUGCGAACCUCAAGAUUGCAGCCAACGACGUCGACAAUCACUUGGCUGACCGAAGAGCCAACGGCCUCAGCAACGGCCUGAAGUCACCAGGCUCGAAACGAAAGACCCCAGAGGCAGACCUGGAAGAGAUGGACCGAGACACUAAGCGAGCGCGGCUAUCUGACGAGGACGAAGGAGAAGUUCCGGGCUAG